AUGUCGACGAAGAAGAUUGUUCUGAAAAGCUUAGAUGGUGAGAUCUUCGAGGUGGAAGAAGCGGUGGCCCUUCAGUCUCAGACGCUAGCUCAUAUGAUCAAAGACAACUGCGUUAAAAACGGAAUUCCUCUCGCCAACAUCACAGGAGAUAUCCUCUCCAAAGUGAUCGAGUACUGUAAGAAACAUGCCGUCUUCAUCCCCAAUGGUGAUGGUGGUUCAACUGAAGAGGAGCUCAAGGAGUGGGACACCAAGUGUUGUAGCAUGGAGUGGUUCAACUUGACGUUGAAAACGUCUGCCGUGUUCAUAACCAUCAUCUUUCCAAGAUAUGGCAUCCCAAGGGUUGUUAUUUCGGAUGGAGGUUCCCACUUCAUCAACAAGGUGUUUGAGAAGUUGAUGACGAGUUAUAGAGUCAAGCAUAAGGUUGCUACGCCCUAUCACCCUCAAACUAGUGGGCAAGUUGAGGUCUCCAACAGACAUAUUAAAGCUAUAUUGGAGAAGACUGUGAGCUUCACUAGAAAGGAUUGGUCAACAAGACUUGAUGAAGCACUUUGGGCUUAUAGAACAGCUUACAAAACCCCCAUUGGAAGGUCUCCUUUCAAUUUGCUAUUUGGGAAGGAUUGCCACUUGCCUGUGGAGGUCGAAUACAAGGCUUUAUGGGCAGUAAAAAUGCUGAACUUUGACAUAAAGGCAGCACAAGAAAGGAGGGCAGCCCACGACAAACUGAUUCGCCUAAAAGACUUCAAGGUUGGGGACAGUGUGCUCUUGUUUAACUCCAAAUUGGUGUUGUUUCCUGGGAAAUUGAGGUCAAAGUGGUCAGGGCCGUUUAAGAUACAUGAGGUUCUACCCUACGGGUCACUCACUCUGCUCAACCAAGAAGGGAAAGAAUUCACAGUAAAUGGGCAUAGAUGUAAGCCCUACCUAGGAAUGACCCCCACAGAGGAGAUCAUCACUCCUCUUCAAGAUCCAACCCCGCUAAGUCUUGCAGGAACAAGUUUUAGGGAAGGAAAGGCAACCAACUCGGGGCACAACUCGAUCGAGCCAAGAGCAAGCUCGAUCGAGCGAUGUGAACCCGGCCGAGUGGAGCGUCCCUGA